GGAGAGCGGUGGCGGCGGCUGCGCCGGGCUGUGUGUCUCUAGCCGCCGGAGGAAGAUGAGGCUGAAGAUCGGGUUCAUCUUACGCAGUUUGCUGGUGGUGGGAAGCUUCCUGGGGCUCGUGGUCCUCUGGUCUUCCCUGUCCUCGCGGCCCGACGACCCAAGCCCACUGAGCAGGAUGAGGGAAGACAGAGAUGUCAAUAACCCCUUGCCUAACCGAGGAGGCAAUGGACUAGCUCCUGGGGAUGACAGAUUCAAACCUGUGGUGCCAUGGCCUCAUGUUGAAGGAGUAGAAGUGGACUUAGAGUCUAUUAGAAGAAAAAACAAGGCCAAAAAUGAACAGGAGCGCCAUGCUGGAGGAGAUUCCCAAAAAGACAUAAUGCAGAGGCAGUACCUUACAUUUAAGCCUCAGACAUUCACCUACCGUGAUCCUGUGCUACGCCCAGGGAUCCUCGGUAACUUUGAACCCAAAGAACCAGAGCCUCACGGAGUGGUUGGUGGCCCUGGAGAGAAAGCCAAGCCAUUGGUUCUGGGACCAGAAUACAAACAAGCAGUUCAAGCCAGCAUUAAGGAGUUUGGAUUUAACAUGGUGGCAAGCGACAUGAUCUCACUGGACCGCAGCGUCAAUGACUUACGCCAAGAAGAAUGCAAGUAUUGGCACUAUGAUGAAAACCUGCUUACUUCAAGCGUUGUCAUUGUCUUCCAUAAUGAAGGAUGGUCAACCCUCAUGAGGACAGUCCACAGUGUAAUCAAAAGGACACCAAGGAAGUAUUUAGCAGAAAUUGUGUUAAUUGAUGACUUCAGCAAUAAAGAACACUUAAAAGAAAAGCUGGAUGAGUACGUAAAGCUAUGGAACGGCCUCGUGAAGGUGUUUCGAAAUGAGAGAAGAGAGGGUUUGAUUCAAGCUCGCAGCAUCGGCGCGCAGAAGGCUAAACUGGGACAGGUUUUGAUAUAUCUUGAUGCCCACUGUGAGGUCGCAGUUAACUGGUAUGCACCGCUUGUAGCUCCCAUAUCUAAGGACAGAACCAUUUGCACUGUGCCGAUUAUAGAUGUCAUAAACGGCAACACAUACGAAAUUGUACCCCAAGGGGGUGGUGAUGAAGAUGGGUAUGCCCGAGGAGCGUGGGAUUGGAGCAUGCUCUGGAAACGGGUGCCUCUGACCUCUCGAGAGAAGAGACUGAGAAAGACAAAAACUGAGCCGUAUCGGUCUCCAGCGAUGGCGGGUGGACUAUUUGCCAUUGAGAGGGACUUCUUCUUCGAACUGGGUCUCUAUGAUCCUGGUCUCCAGAUUUGGGGUGGUGAAAACUUUGAAAUCUCAUACAAGAUCUGGCAGUGCGGUGGCAAAUUGUUAUUUGUGCCUUGUUCUCGAGUUGGUCACAUCUACCGUCUUGAGGGCUGGCAAGGAAACCCUCCGCCCCUUUACGUUGGCUCUUCUCCGACUCUUAAGAAUUAUGUUAGAGUCGUUGAGGUCUGGUGGGAUGAAUAUAAAGACUACUUCUAUGCGAGCCGUCCUGAGUCCAAGGCGCUGCCCUACGGGGAUAUAUCUGAGCUGAAGAAAUUUCGAGAGGAUCACAACUGCAAAAGUUUCAAGUGGUUUAUGGAAGAAAUCGCUUAUGACAUCACUGCCCACUACCCUUUGCCACCCAAAAAUGUCGACUGGGGGGAAAUCCGAGGCCUCGAGACUGCAUACUGUAUCGAUAGCAUGGGGAAAACGAACGGAGGCUUUGUGGAGCUGGGACCCUGUCACAGGAUGGGCGGGAAUCAGCUUUUCCGAAUCAACGAAGCAAAUCAGCUCAUGCAGUACGACCAGUGUUUGACAAAGGGACCCGAUGGAUCCAAAGUCAUGAUUACACACUGUAACCUAAAUGAAUUUAAGGAAUGGCAGUACUUCAAGAACCUGCACAGGUUUUCACACAUCCCUUCCGGGAAGUGCCUAGACCGCUCCGAGGUCCUGCACCAAGUGUUUCUCUCCAGCUGCGACUCCAGUAAACUGACCCAGAAGUGGGAAAUGAAUAAUAUUCACAGCGUCUGACCAGAGCAGAGGAAACCCACAAUCUACCUACUGACACGGACAUUCACGGGGGACUGAACACCGCCUGGAACCUGCUGCGACCAUUACGAUUAAUUUUGUACAGCUCCAAACCGGGAACCUCUCUGAUCAGUUGGAAGGGGGCGUUGAUAAACUGUGAUUUUACAAUAACAUUAUCAUCUGCAGUUACUGUUUACAAAACUGCUCUUACCUUAAACUCUAGAUGUUUACAUCGUUUUUUUUUUUUGUUGUUGUUUUCUUUUGUUUUGUUUUGUUUUAUGAUGAUGUUGGUAAUUUGUGCCUUUAACUCUGUUUCCUGAACGGCCGAGUUAAAGGAUAUGUUGUCUUCUUUGGGAAUACACUCAGGGGUCUGGAAGGCAGUUUGGUUUUUUUGUUGUUGUUGAUGUUGUUCUUGUUUUUUAACACACUUGAAAAAAAAAAAGGUUGGAGUAAGCAGACUUU